CUCGUGUUUGGUCUUCCGUAGCAAACAUGACAGAGGAUCAUUCAUCUAUUCGUGUGUGGGCAUCUGUGGGUAUGUUGGCAGAGACAUUUCGAUGUGUUUCACCUCAAUGAUCUCAACUCACAGAGUGCCUCUUCAAGUUGGACGGUCGACGCUCGUCAAGCUUGAAGCUUUCUGCAGCCGACGGCGAGCCAGACCAGGCCAGACCGGAGACUCAGAUCCAGGAGUCGGCUGCUCGUACAUAGUCGCUGUGAAGUCACUAGUGCCACUUUCAAGCUUUGUGCUCCGCUCUUCCGCUGUUGUGUUGUCCCUGUAUUUCUCCCUGCCCGACUUGGCCAUCGUUGCCCGCAGCGUGGGUAAAAAGCACUGGCGAGUUCCGGAACGUGCCAUCUUGAAGCUGCUCGGGAGUUCAAGUGUACUUCGCCCGAACGUUUUGCUCCGAAUCGUUUUCCCCCCAUAUUUGCUUGCUGUAUCGACUCGACUUUAUUGGCUUCUCGCCUGGAACCUGUAGCAGCUGCUCUGUAUUUUAAUAGCCCAUCCUUGCCCAUCCGCUUGGCUCACUCAAGUACAUAAACUUAUGUAUGUCAUUCUUUUAUACACUCACCCAGAUUCACCCUAGUACCGAGUCGCCGACUCCUCCAGCGUAACUCCUAAACCUCAACUUCCUUUCUGAGUAUAGCGGGAUUCUUCCAGCAGACGCCCUUGGCUACCUCAAACAAAUCAAACUACACAACUACACCACCUGCAACUUCCGAAACAAAUUGGACAAGAGCUCUCGGUCAAGUCAAGCACUUCAAGACUGAUAUUGCGGACGGCGCGCUUUGAAUAGUCGACCAAUUCUGAAAUUUACAAGGCUCAUCCAGAUCUCGUUCACAAAUUACAUACUGCUGAAGAAAGCCGAUCAACUUACCCGGUCCAAUGUCCAAGCCAGAUGCUCUGAAACCCCGAAGGUUCGAAGUCAAGGGCCUUGCUCUAGUCUUCGCAUGUGGUACCGCACUGUUCAGUGAUGGCUAUCAAAAUGGGGUCAUCGGAACAGUUAAUACCCUAAUUAAACGGAUCUACGCUGACAAACUGUCCAAGGAGGAAUUGAAGCAAUACAGCACCUCAUUUUCGUCUAUAGGGUUUGCAGGGAUUGUGCUAGGAAUGAUUUCUUUCGGAUUUCUCUCUGAUAGAUGGGGUCGGAAAGCUGGAAUGAUGGCCGCUACUCUAAUCGUAUUUGUAUUUGCGUGUCUGUCAGCUGGAGCAUACGGUGCUGGAGGAAGUACAAUAGGGAUGCUACAAGCCCUCAGUGCCUACAGGUUCUUCGGUGGGAUUGGUAUUGGGGCCGAAUAUCCAUCUGGAAGUGUGGCUGCUGCCGAAAACACCGAGCAGGAAGGUGUUCCAACCAAGUCUCAAAACGGAAUUUUCGCUCUCGCCACGAACGCUAUGAUUGAUGUUGGGUUCGUGUUCGCCGCCCUUGUACCUCUUAUUCUGUAUCAAAUCUUCGGCGAGGAGCACUUGCGCAUCGUCUGGCGAAUGUCGCUCGGCCUUGGCGCCAUUCCACCACUUCUUGUCCUAUUUUGGCGAAUGAAAAUGGCUGAACCGGAAAGUUUCCAGAAAUACUCUAUGAAGCGGAUCCCGCUCUCAGCUUAUCCAUGGAAGCUCUUGUUUCGGAAGUUUGGGUGGCAAUGGUUCGGUUUGUGUCUGGGAUGGUUCAUCUAUGACUUCAUCACAUAUCCUUUCGGCAUCUACGGCUCUACCGUUGUUGACACUAUCACUGGCAAGUCUGCCGACUUGACAAUCGUCCUAGGAUGGAAUGUCGUGAUCAACUUGUUUAACGUUCCUGGCUCCAUAAUCGGCGCGCUGUUGGUGGACAGGAUCAGACCAAAAACGCUCAUGACAAUUUGCCUACUGUUGCAAAUGACUUUUGGAUUUUUCAUGUCUGGCUUUUAUGAAUAUUUGACAAAGCAUAUCGGCGGCUUCGCAGUGAUGUACGGUCUUUUCUUGUCUUUUGGUGAAGCCGGCCCGGGUAACUGUUUGGGCAUGUUGGCAGCAAAGUCAAGCCCUGCGUCUAUUCGUGGGAUAUUUUAUGGUUCGGCUGCUGCUGUCGGCAAGCUGGGAGCUUUUGCUGGUACAUGGAUCUUCCCAGUACUGAUAGAUGCCUUCCCAGAAGGUGCAACCAAAGAUACAGGGCCGUUUUGGGUUGGUAGUGGUCUUUGCGCGCUCUCUGCAGCCGUGAUGUGGUUCACCGUUGUCGAGUUGGAGGAGGAUCACAUGAAAGCUAUUGAUCGCGACUUCUAUGCCUCCUUACAACUCCAAGGGUUCGACGUCAACCAAGUGGGCAUCAAACCUCGAGACAACAUCUCCGACGACUCGAUCAUGUUUCCAUCAGCACCUCCCUUUUCAAACGAAAAGGAUUUGCCAACCGAAAAGGCGAUUGAGUGAUUGUACACACAUACACCCAUCAUAUUCAUAUCGUUCUUCCUGCCACCUCGUCCUCCCUUUUCAUCAGUCAUAUGUCGGAUUUCGUAUUGUUCAACUAGCUCCUCUCAAUGACUUGAUAACUACCUCAGGAAAUAUUUGGCGAUGUACCUCUUGAAUCCACCUCCUGAACUAUCUGUUACACAUAGCCACUGACGUUUCUUUGGAGGCCGUCUUGAUUAUUUUGUCAUCUAAUCUAUCUAUCUCUCAACCUUUCCCUCCCCUUUGCUGUUUUUCAUAUGUACUUUUUUUAUCCUCAUUGUUUGUAUCUAGCACAUCAACUCAUCUCUCACAUUGACAACCACAUUCAUUCAACUUAGUCAUUUUUUUCUCUUUGGUACACUGGAUUUCAUUUUUAAACCACAUCUAUUCACCUAUGCUGAGCUGAUAAUUUGAGUGGAGGUCUCAUACAUUGGAUACUUUGUGAACCUUAAUUAUGUACAUGAAAUUGCUAGGUGUAAAACUCACAAAACAAUUAACAUAGUACCGGACUAACCAAGC